AUGUGGAUAACGGCUUAUUCUUUUACUCUGGUAAUGAAGAUCCAAAACACAGAAAAGUCGGAUCGCACUGCUUUAUUAAAACUCAGAGCCAAGCUAAGUGAUCUUAAUAUAAUACAGGUAUGCGCUCCAACUGCAGAUACGCCGGACCAUGAUGUGGAAAGAUUCUAUGAGGAAGUCAAAGAACUGCUCAUAUUGACUAAAAAACACGACGUCAACAUAAUUAUGGAUGACUUCAAUGCCAAAAUAGGAAAGGGUAAAUUUGAGGAAAUUAUUGGUUCCUAUGGUCUUGGAGAAAGGAACGAGAGGGGCGAUCGACUUCUGCAGUUCUGCCAAAAAGGCAUGAAAAUAGCAAAUACGGCGAUUCAACUUCACUCUCGCCGUCUCUAUACCUGGAAGUCUCCAGCGGACCGACCGGACAAUGUAAUACGAAACCAAAUAGAUUUCAUCCUCAUUAACCAAAGGUUCAGCUCAACCAUCAAAAGAGCCAGCACCUACCCUGGCGCCGAUGUUCCUUCUAAGCAUGUGCUACUAGUGGCCGUAAUGAAAAUUGCUUUAUCGAGUCAAAGAAAGCCAACCACACAGCGCCGGAUGGCGUUAGAAAGAAUGAGGGAUCCAAUAGUAAAAUCAGAGAUGAGUGACGAAAUCAACACACAAAUUCAAGCAAUGAUACCGAAUAUGGGAAAAGAACCAACACAAUCUUGGACAAAGAUAAUAGACGUUAUAUCAAAUUCAAUGCAAAACAAGUUAGGAUAUGAAGCAAAAAACAAAAAGCAAAGAUGGAUGACGGAUGAGAUAUUGUUGUUAAUGGAUGAACGUCGAAAGUACAAGAACAAAACAGAUGGCAUGUACAAAGAUAUUCAAAGACUCAUAAGAACAAAGAUUAGAAUAGCAAAGAACAAAUGGCUUAAACGUGAAUGUUCAGAAUUAGAACAGCUGCAAAACCAACAUGAUAAUUUUAACCUGCAUAAAAAGCUGAAGGAGACUGCUGGCAUAUAUAAGAAAAUGAGAUCAACUGUGACAGUCAAUAAUAACAACCAGAUAGUCUUCGAAAGCAUAGAGAAGAACAAUGUUUGGGAAAAGUAUAUAGAAAAACUUUUUGACGAUGAAAGACCCUCAGCUGAUAUCAAUAACUCACUAACCGGCCCCUCGAUUACUAAAGAUGAGAUUGAAAAAGCCAUCCUUAAUUCGAAAAAUAACAAAGCGGCUGGCCAGGGUGAAAUUCCUGCAGAAAUCCUUAAGCUGCUAGAUGAAAGAGGCAUUACAGCAUUACAUAAAAUAUUCAAUAUUAUAUAUGAGACAGGUCUCUACCCCAAACAGUGGUUGCGUUCUACUUUUAUACCCCUGCCUAAGAAGACCAAUGCCAGAAAAGUACGGGUCAUCGACGAAUGUUGCGACGAAUCCUUGGAAGGGAUUGUACGGAAAGUUAUGGACCAGUACAUGGACAAGAAGGGACCGAUUCGUUGCUGGAAUUGUGGACAGGUGGGACACGUGCGAAGCCGCUGUAAGGAGAAGAAUGAAGAACAGGCUUCGUCAAUUUCGGAAAACUACUAA